UACAUAAGGGCCCUACAGCGGGGGGACCGGUACGCCGAGGCUGAGGAAGUGGGAAAAUGCCAUCACAACCCCGAUCAGCAACGCCCUCGGCCGGAUGACAAAGGCAACAGGGGGCUGGGGGCUUCCCCAAAUCAAUCCAAAGGCUCGGCACCCCCCAGUGAUCGCCCCCGACAUGGCAAAGCCAAGCCCGGGGGAGGUUACAAGGGCAACCCGAAGGCUCGGGCCCAACCCAUUCUCUUGGAGCACCCUCGGACGCCCUUAACACACCCCGUCAGUGUAAUCCUAGACUUCACCGAAGAGAGGGGCCUGGUGGAGCGAGACUCUCGCGCUCCCCCGGAGGUGUAUGCCAUCAACCCCAAUUAUCCUUACCGUCGGUUCCAUCGCAACCAAGGGCACAUGACUGAUGACUGCCACUAGUUGAAGGCGACCAUUGAAAAGUUAAUACAAGCGGGCCAUCUGUCCCAAUUUAUCUGAAGCCCUCAGCACCAAGGGCCCCCACGAGGUCCACCAACGAGGGCAAAUGCCUGGGUCAACCCGAACACCAUCCCCCUCGGUGAUCCGAAGGGUAAGAAAAGGGAAAUCGGGAAUCUCGAUGAAGAGGAGGAGUACAACCAGUUCUAGGAGAAAAAGCGCCACAUCCACAUGAUCACCGGGGGCAACACAGAGGGGACUCCACCAGCCAAAGGAAGAAGUGGGCUCAAUCGCUUUACGUGGGGGAAGUCACUCAUAUGCCCCCGUAAAGCGGCUGAGGGAGGAAACCCAUUACAUUCACCAAUGCUGAUCUCCCCCCGGUUUCCUCGCCUCAUAGGGAUGCCCUGGUAAUCCAAAGUGAGAUCAACGACACCAUCAUCCACAGAACUUACGUUGAUACAGGUAGCUUCGUCAACGUAAUGUACCUCAUCACUUUCAAGGAGCUACACCUGGAGAGGGGGUCCCUUCGGCCUAUCAAGACCCCCCUGUCCGGAUUCACCGGAGACACCAUUGAUUCCGAGGGGAUAAUAACCCUCCCGGUACUUUUUGGCGACGGGCUCCAUAGAUCCAAGCUCGAGGUGGAAUUCGUCGUCGUUAACAUUGACUGCGCUCACAACGUCAUCCUCGGUCGGCCUGCCCUUGAGGACCUAGAGGCCAUCAUCUCCAUGAGGCACCUAUGUCUGAAAUUCCCAGCCGAAGGAGGCAUCGGGUACUCAAGGGGGAACCAAAAAUUGGCCCGCGCCUGCUACCUUGAAAUCACUAAGAAGGGUAGUAAAACUGAGUUCCGAGUAGACACCAUCACCGGAACUAUGGAGGAAGAAGAAAAGAGGUCGAGGGCAGAACCAACCAAAGAGGUAGAAGACUUUACGCUCGAUCCGACCAAGCCGGAAAGAGUCGUGAAGAUUGGAGCCAAGCUCCCUGAAGAUUUGAAGACCGGCAUCACGGAUGCCCUCCACGCCUACUCCAUUGUUUUUGCAUGGGGGCCGGAGGACAUGCCGGGGAUCAGCCGAAGGGUCAUCACUCACCGCAUGUCGGUGGACCCUUCGUCCAAACCCAUAUAGCAGAGAAGAAGGCCCCUCUCGGCCGAGAGAAGGGGCUUCGUGAAGAAGGAGGUUGCCAUGCUCCUCUCCAUCAAACAUAUCAAGGAGGUGGAAUACCCCUCAUGGCUGGCCAACGUGGUCCUCGCACAGAAGCCGCCCACCUUCCGCAUGUGCGUGGACUACACAAAUUUGAAUAAGGCAUGCCCAAUGGACCCUUUUCCUUUACCAAACAUUGAUCAGUUGGUAGAUGAGACAACGUGGUGUUAAAUCAUGUCUUUCCUCGAUGCCUUCCGCGGAUACCACCAGAUUUUCAUUACGAAGAGGAUGCUGAAAAAACAGCCUUCAUGACACCUGAAGGCAUCUUUUUGCUAUCUUGUGAUGGCCUCCGACCUCAAGAAUUCUGGCGCCACCUACACCCGUAUGGUGGCCAGGGUUUUUCAAGCAGUCUUAGGACGCACCAUGGAGGCCUAUGUUGACGAUAUGACCGUCAAGAGUAAGAAAUCAAACACCCACGCCGAGGACCUCCGGGAGAUAUUCGCCAUCAUGCAAAAAUACAACCUUCGGUUGAAUCCAAAGAAGUGCACCUUCGGCGUACAAGUAGGGAAGUUUCUUGCCUACAUGGUUAGCCGAAGGGGUAUUGAGGUCAACCCUAAAAAAAUUCAAGUCAUCAUCGACAUGGAGCCCCCAUGUAACGUGAAGGAGGUUCAGAGAUUGACGGGUCGCCUAGCGGCCCUCAACCGUUUUCUCUCCAAAUCAGCGGAAAAGGCCCUCCCCUUCUUCCAAAUCAUGAGGAAGGCAGCGGGUUUCCAAUGGACAACUGAGUGUCAGGGGGCCUUCGACGAGCUCAAAAAGUACCUCUCUUCUCCUCUUGUACUCUCCAAGCCCAAAACAGGAGAGACCUUGUAUUUAUACCUUGGCGUCAGCCCCGCAACCAUCAGCUCAGUACUCAUCCGGGAGGAAGAUGGCGUCCAACAUGCCAUCUUCUAUGUUAGCAAGACCCUCAGGGAGGCGGAACUCAGGUACUCCCCCAUGGAGAAAACGGUACUAGCCAUUGUUUGGACCGUCAAGAAGCUUGGCCACUACUUCCAAGCUCAUCCGGUCCAGGUCCUCACACAACAACCCCUCAACGCUUUGAUGAGGAGCCCCACCAGCUCCUCCAGAAUGGUAAAAUGGGCUAUCUUCCUAAGCCAGUACAACAUCGACAUCCAUCCGAGGCCCGCCAUAAAGGGCCAAGCCCCGGCGGACUUCGUAACGGAGUGCACAACAAGGUCGGCUACAGAUGAGGAGCCCUCGGCUCCCUCAGAUGAUUGGUGGACCCUCUAUACCGAUGGCUCCUCAGCCACCAAAGCAUGCGGAGGAGGGGUAGUUCUCGUUACUCCCGAAGGCUUCCGCGCCUACUAUGCCCUCCGUUUCUCCUUCAAAGUCUCCAACAACGAAGCAAAGUAUGAGGCCCUCCUCUGUGGCCUUCGGUUGGCGGCCAACAUGAAGGCCAGACAAAUCCAUGUGAAAUGCGACUCCAAGUUAGUCGUUGGCCAAAUUUCCGGAGAAUAUGAGGCCAAGGAAGGAAGAAUGAAGCAGUACAAGGAAGCGGCCAAGGAGUUGCUUAAGGUCUUUGAGGCCCAUUCUCUCACUCAAAUACUGAGGGCUCAAAACUCUGAGGCCGACAUUUUAUCAAAGCUCUCGGAUGAAUCCCCAGAGCACCUCUCGAAGAUUGCGAGAAUUGAGGAGCUUAGCCCCUCAAGCAUACACACCAGCCCCAUCAUGCAAAUACAUCAAAGGCAAGAGGACUGGAUCUCAGACAUCAUGGCCUUCAUCACCACAGGGCAACUGCCCGAGGAUGAGGCCCGCGCAAAACUAGCAAAGCUGAGGACUCCCACCUACACCAUUGAAGAUGGAAGGCUCUACAAGAGAUCCUAUAACUGUAACACCGUCCCCAAAUGUAUUUACCUUUAAGCGAAUAAUUUAUUGAACCCUAUGAAUUUUUUGGUGAAUUUACGAGGUUGUGAAAUUGUAUUAAUUUUUUCGGGUGAAUAGUAAAAUGCACGUGGGGCCCACAUCGGGAGUGGGGACCGCCCGAUAAUAUCGGGACCACAUAUUAGAUUCUUCUGGGCCUAGAAAAUACGCAUAUGGUGGUGGAUACCCAAAUUGGUCCAUAGCAAUGGCACAGGGUUGACCGGUUGGUCAAACGGGGCCAAAUUAUCGGUAUCGGCAAUUUCUCGGAUAACGGCCCAAAAAGGGAUUCCGGAGAUUUCUUAAUUAAAAUUGGGGAAUCAUAUUGAUUCUAAGGUCCAAUAAUGAUUUGGAACAAGUGUUAUAUUUUAUUUGACCCGAUAAAAUAAAAUAUACUUAAAACAGUCCGGAAAAAUACAACUUUCGGGACCGAUUGUACACUUCUGGACAAAAAGGGUUCACCUCCCACAUGGGUGGGGGCCAACCCACGAUUUUAGCCUCAUUAUUCAGGGCCUGAGCAGGCUGGUAGGAGAAUUGAGGUGGGAGAGGACUGAUUUGAGAUGUUUGGCAUCAAAACAAAUCAUGGUGGCCCUCCUCCCUUUCACUCAUUGCCCAAAAGGAGACAAAGAGGCAUUCCUACCCAUCCCCCUCCUCACUAGUUCGGCCAGCAGCAAGGGAAAGGAGGAAAGAACCUCUACAACUUCAUCUCCAUAGCCCCAAAUCCGAACUCAAGCUCAAGGGAGUCCAAGAAGAAAGUUUAAGAAGGAAAAAGCUAGGAAAAAGUGUGAAAAUUAAGGAACUUGAUUUAAAGUAUUUUUGAGCUUCGCCGGAGUUUCGUCGGAGUUGGUCAAAGUUCGCCGGAGUUGGUCAAAGUUCGCCGGAGUUGGUCAAAGUUCAAUCGAGAAACGUAGAACGCGCUUAAGCUUAAUUAAAUUUCAGGUAGAACUUGAAGGUUGCUACUACCAGCCGCUGCUUCGGGAAGUUUCUGAGGAGAAGACUUGGUUCGUGCUUCUCCCGUUCUUGUUUUGAAAACAAUAUGAAUAAUGCUCAUGGAUAAUAUUUUCUGAACAAUUACUUUGGGGGCUUGCAUGCCUAAUUAUGCCAAGUGUGGCUUGAACACUUGUAUCAAUUGUUUCCG